CGAGCGCCGCGGGGCAGGGAUCCGAGCGCAAGGCGGGCGACUGCGCGGAGGGGACAGCGAGAGAACGGUGGGGGCGGCGAAGGGAAGGCGCCCGAGGCGGGGGCGCGGGGGGCGCCAGCGCCAUGGGUCCCCGGACCCCUGCGCUCUGAGCCCCGGCCCCGGGGCCCGACGAUGCUGAAGCCGAGGCGGCGCCGAGGGCGCGGCACAGGGCAGCGCUGAAAAGUUGGGCAGCCCGCGGGGAGCGGCGCGGGACAGCCGGAAGACCGGGAGACCCGGGGACCGACGGACAGACCCACAGACAGCUGGGGAGGGGGGGGGCGGGGCCGGCCCGCCGAGUUCGCGGGGAGGGGGUGCCGGGACUCCCCUCUCCCCGCCCGGGACGCCGCCCGCCCGAUCGCGCCUGGGAUGUAGAGCCUGCUCGCUGCCUCCCGGAGACUCAUCGGAUCCUGCGCCCCGCGGCCCUGCGUCUUCCCAGGUGACCACGCCGGCUUCAGGACAUGCACGGGCACAGCCGCAACGGGCAGGCCCACGUGCCCCGGCGGAAACGCCGUAACCGCUUCGUCAAAAAGAACGGCCAAUGCAACGUCUACUUUGCCAACCUGAGCAACAAGUCGCAGCGCUACAUGGCGGACAUCUUCACCACCUGCGUGGACACGCGCUGGCGCUACAUGCUCAUGAUCUUCUCUGCGGCCUUCCUCGUCUCCUGGCUGUUUUUCGGCCUCCUCUUCUGGUGCAUCGCCUUCUUCCACGGUGACCUGGAGGCCAGCCCGGCAGGGGCCGCGGCGGGGGCCCCGGCGGGAGGCAGUGGGGCGGCACCGGUGGCCCCCAAGCCCUGCAUCAUGCAUGUGAAUGGCUUCCUGGGCGCCUUUCUCUUCUCGGUGGAGACGCAGACGACCAUCGGCUACGGGUUCCGGUGUGUGACAGAGGAGUGCCCGCUGGCGGUCAUCGCCGUGGUGGUCCAGUCCAUCGUGGGCUGUGUCAUCGACUCCUUCAUGAUUGGCACCAUCAUGGCCAAGAUGGCCCGGCCCAAGAAGCGGGCGCAGACGUUGCUGUUCAGCCACCACGCCGUCAUCUCGGUGCGCGAUGGCAAGCUCUGCCUCAUGUGGCGCGUGGGCAACCUACGAAAGAGCCACAUCGUGGAGGCCCACGUGCGGGCCCAGCUCAUCAAGCCCUACAUGACCCAGGAGGGCGAGUACCUGCCGCUGGAUCAGCGGGACCUCAACGUGGGCUACGACAUCGGCCUGGACCGCAUCUUCCUGGUUUCGCCCAUCAUCAUUGUCCAUGAGAUCGAUGAGGACAGCCCACUGUAUGGCAUGGGCAAGGAGGAGCUGGAGUCGGAGGACUUCGAGAUCGUGGUCAUCCUGGAGGGUAUGGUGGAGGCCACGGCCAUGACCACCCAGGCCCGCAGCUCCUACCUGGCCAGCGAGAUCCUGUGGGGCCACCGCUUUGAGCCCGUGGUCUUCGAGGAGAAGAGCCACUACAAAGUGGACUACUCGCGCUUCCACAAGACCUACGAGGUGGCCGGCACGCCCUGCUGCUCCGCCCGGGAGCUGCAGGAGAGCAAGAUCACCGUGCUGCCCGCCCCGCCGCCCCCGCCCAGUGCCUUCUGCUACGAGAACGAGCUGGCCCUCAUGAGCCAGGAGGAAGAGGAGAUGGAGGAGGAGGCUGCGGCCGCUGCCGCUGUGGCUGCGGGCCUGGGCCUGGAGGCGGGCUCCAAGGAGGAGGCGGGCAUCAUCCGGAUGCUGGAGUUUGGCAGCCACCUGGAUCUGGAGCGCAUGCAAGCCACCCUCCCGCUGGACAACAUCUCCUACCGCAGGGAGUCCGCCAUCUGACCUCCAAGCCCGCCCUCUUGCUUCCCACAGGAGCCUCACUGGGGGGUGGGCUGCCAGGACACCCCCUCCACACUCAGGACAGAACUCACCCUGGCUCCGGACCUUCUGGAGGGACCUGGGGGCUUCAAAGACUGGGAGAGCCCUUCCUACUGACUCCAGAACCCAGGCCUGGGAAAGGGCCAGGACACCCUUGGUCUGGUCGGCUCGAUUCCCCAGCACCUACCCACUGGCGAGCUCAGGAACCCCAGACCCCCCACCCUUUCCCCACCGACCCUUCAAGGACAUUCCCCCUUUGCUCUCAGAACCUUGGGGAAGGCGCCUGGACUGUUGGGGGGUGGGCAUCUUGGGGUUCUGGGGUGGGCCACUGGCUAGUUUGGGAGGGUGGGAGGGGGGUGCGUUUCUUCUGCAUGACUGUGGUCUGUUGCUCAUGACUUUCUUUUGUAAAUAUCUAUAAAUGGAAAGAUGGAGGCACCGAAUCCACCUUCUGCCAUGUGUACCCGCAGGACCAGGCGGUGCAGGCCCUCUCUUGGCACCCUGCCCCCUCCCCACCCAGCUGGCUGGUCCCUCGAGGCCCUUAGAGCCAGCUGCCUUGGCCCCUGGAUAGUGUUGGGUUUGGGUGCAGAAGUGGGACCCCAAGGAGCAGGAUAAGGGCCAUCCCUCCCUGCGGUCCCUCUGGGCCCAUAGGCCCAGCCCAGAUUGACAAUGGAGUUUGUAACUAUAUAUUUUUAAUAAAGUAUAUGGUCCAUUA